UAUAUAUAUAAUAAUAAUAUAGCAAGAGGCAGAGUAAACUGCAGCUGCUGGCAAACACCGUCUCACAGACCUCUCGCUUGAAACAACGCAAAGCUGCCGCCUUUAUUUAUUUAUUUAUUUUUUCUUCUUCUGCCCCCCGAAAGUCUGACUCUUUAGAGCAGAACCAGACCAGAACAAUGUUACCACCGCGGAUGAAGAAGGCUAUUACAGAUAACCCGAAGAAGCUUGCCAACUUGAUUGACCUUGUAAAUCUUCCUUUACCAUUGAGAGAAUUUGUGGGUCAGUCUCAGAUUUCUCGUCUUGGCUGUUUUAUGCGUGUCUGGUCAUACAUUAAGGACAACAAUCUCCAGGAUCCAAACAACAAAAAUGUGGUCAACUGCGAUGAAAAAUUGAGGAGUAUUUUGUUAGGCAGGCGUCAAGUUGAGCUCGCUGAACUUCCUGCUCUGGUUAAGCUACAUUUCCCGAAAGAAUCAAAGUAACUACACAGUUCCAGUCAAUAUGCUCUUUUUCACUUAGAGUAAGGCUUCUGUACAACUUUUAGCUGCUUCAUGUGGUAGGAAAUCAAAUAAAUUAGUUGAAAUACCGUAUAGUGAUUGCUUUCUUCAGUAUUUGUCUGAAAUGAAAUCCUAGUUUAAAAUUAACUGAUCCCCCUUGUUGUUGACUCUUCUUUCAUAAUAUCUAAGUUCAUUGUUAUAUAUUUAAGCUA